AUCCCGCUCCCAUUGUAGCUCCUAUGUUAUAAUCUAUACCUCCAGGAUAUGAAGAUGCCACUAAAGCUGUUAAGACAUCUCCUGCACCAUUACCAAAAGCUAAAAGAGUGACUCCUGCCAUAAUCUCAGAAAUUUCAAAACGCACUUUUACAGCUUCCAAUGAAGGAAUCAAAUAUUCUUUUAUUACUUCACUUAUUCCAUUGUAAACCAAAUAGCCCACAAAACCAGAUACUAUUAAAGUUGUCUAAUUUUUAUUACUCUUUUACCAUUAUUGAU